UUUUAUUUAUUCGAAAUACGAAGUGAUGCGAAGGUGGGAUCCAGGUGUAAUGCCAGGUGAAUGGAAUGUUGAACAACUUUUCCAAUUCAUUUGAGAAGCGAUCUUUCCAAGGCAAAAAUCAUUUACAAUUUGUGAGUGAUAACGAGUUUGUUAAUUGUGUGAACGCGUUAACCGUGAAAAAAAAAUGACAGAACAAAUUCAAAAUAGUGACAUCGAUCAACUUUCCGAAACUGUAAAAAGUUUGCAGAAGUCCUUGGAAUGUACAAUUUGUUUACAGUUAAUGACAGAACCUGCAAAGACACGAUGCGGCCAUUCAUUUUGUAAGUUAUGCAUAGGAAAAGUGUUGCGGAAGAAAAAUGCAUUUUGUCCACUUUGCAAAAAGAACCUCAACAGACGCAAUGUUUCAAAAGAUGAUCACUUAGAAGCCUGUAUUAUAAAAUUUACAAAUCUUGUCACUGCCAUCCAAGUUGACAGCAAUAUAGACAUAUUGUCGCACUCGAAACCGCGCGAUACAAAAGAAAGUAAUGUAUCAAAUCUACCUGAUCAUUCUUUUCCUGCCAAUGAGAAUGACAACGCGAUUUUCAGCAGGCCUGAUGUCAAAGUUCGCACGUGGUUGCAACAUCUCCCCGAUGAAGAGACCUCUAUAGAAAUAUCUGCCAAUUUAAUAUCCGAUAACAAUAAUAAAUUAAGCGCGACAGAUGAAAUACAUGACAAUAAAUAUAAUAAGAGCAAUAAGACAAAUCGUCAUAGAAAACAGAUUGAUUAUAAAGACUGUAUCGAUGGAAAUACAAAUACGUCCCGGAUAAGCAAGGACACGGAUGCGAAGCAAUUUGAUAAAGUAUUAAAGACCGAUUCCGCUGCAACGAACGAAUUGAAAUAUAAAGUUAUUCAUGAUAGAAUACGCGCAAAAAAUUCUAAGGAAUAUGCAUCAAAAUCGGGCGUCGAGAAGACGAAUAAUCGAAACAAUUCAUCAUCGAUAAUAGCAAACGAUCAAACACAUCAAAUCAAUGACUCGAACUCGAACGCAUCUGCCGCGCAAUCUUCUUUCGCAGACUGGACUCGUAUAAUCGAAUUUGGGAAAGAGACGAAACGCGGUAAAAAAAGAAAGAUAAAGAAGCUGAAUAUAAAUACUGAGAAGAAUAAAGACGCACCUCGAAUAAUUGAAAAUAUUUCGUUAUCGUCGAGUAAAAAAUACGAUUUGGCUAAAAUUGCGAUGGAUUAUAAUAUGAGCAGAAAAGAAGAGAACGGUAAAAAACAAGACGCAUUCGAUAAAAAUCUGGAUUCAUCGAAUGCAGAAAUGAUGCCGUUAGAAGUAUCGAGUGAAGCAUAUAUUUAUAAUUCGAAGGAAUGUAUAAAAGACAAAACCAAUAGUUCGAUAUCGCCAACUAAUCAUCCGAUAAAAACGUUGCAUGUAACGCUGGAGGCAGAAAAUAAACAAAUACCUAUAAUAAAUUUAACCAGCAGUCAAGUGAAUGAAAUUAUCGGCUCCGAAAACAUCAAUAAAAAUUCUCAUAAUCGAUGUCGUGAAAAAAGUGUAGAAAUUAUUACAGAACAUUGUAACUCGUUACUGUUAUCACCGAAAAGAUUAGUUGUAUUAACGCCCGAAAAGUUAAACGAAUCUAUACGCGAACAUGAAAUGAUGCGCGACAUUGCGCAAACUCCUGCUAGCAACUUUAGAAAUUCAUCAUUAGCCGAAAAUCGAACUCCCGAACCUGAAUGGAAUAAUAGUCCUCAAAGGACAUUGGGAGAAGUUGCUUCUUCUCAAUCUUCGCAAACCCCAAAAUCAAAGGCUAGAUUAUCCUUGAAAAGAAAGCCAGGAAUUAGCGAUAACAAGAAAAUUAACUCACCACUAUUAAGUCAAGUUCCAUUGAUUGAUAGAUUGUCGAGUAACGAAAAAGACAUAGAUCAUAGAAACAUCAAUUCGCCGGUAUCGAAAAACGGAAAACUAUUUGAUCGACUGACAGCUGUAAAACGCGAUUUAAAUUUGCAGAUAAUUGGUAAAGAUCAACUACAGACUAAUCGGAAUACGAUACAUAGUGAUGCGCUUUUAAAAAAGCAAACUGAUGGAAAUGUUUCUAGAAUGAUUUGUCAGGUUGAAAAAUUUGUCAGUAAUCUUACGACAUUGGAAAAAUCGGAAAAUAUUAAGAAUCAAGAAUGUCUCGUAAAAUUUCGUCAAAUGGGCACAAUGAUUAAGCGACGUAACGUGAGAUACUUUUAUUUAAGCCCGACUAAACGCGAACAAUCGCUACCAGCGCAAGUGCAAAUCACAUCAGUGUAUAAUAUGCAGCAAUCGAUCAACAAAUUCGAGAUGGAGCCAUAUAUUACGAAUAUGUCAUACAACUUAGCGAGAUCAUCUGAUUGUUCAAACGAAUCGCAAGACAUGAUGGACAUUACUGUGAUAGAAAAUAUUCGUUCUCAAGCUGUUUCGAAAGAUAUCGAACUUUCCAUGACAUCCCCUAAAGUUCCAGCGACUUCGAUGCCAAAGAAAGAUAUCGAUCAUUAUUUAAAUCGAAAGAAGAUUGCGACGAUCGAGGAAAAUGCACAAUCUCUUCAUAAGACGAUUCGUCCAAACAGCUCUGCGAUUCAGAAAAGCUCACGUAUUCAUUCAGGAACGUCGAAUUCUAUUAAGCUACUGUCACCGGACAAAGAUUCGCAGCUGAAGUUUCUGACGAUAGACUCCCCAAUGAGCGAUCACGGAAAGUCUAAACGCGCGAAUUCGUCGUGGCAGCAAUCCGAGCUCGAGAAGUCCGUUCAUAUAAAAGAAAAUAACUUUUCUAAGAUAAAAAAUUCACGCUUUGCAGCGUCCAUGAGUAAAGCGCAAGAGCCUUCCAUCGAAAAUUCCAAUAAGAAGAGGAAAAGAAUGAGAGAUAGUAGUGACAAAGAGCUGUUCGACGAUGGUAGAAAUGACAAUUCUAGCGACUCGACCAGUGGCAGUGAUCGACGCAGGAUAAAACUUGGCAGAUAUAGUAAAUCAUCCAAAAACAUAGAAUUGGGUUUAGAUUCGAGUGAAAAAUACCGUUCGACUUCCCCGGACGACCAAAAUUUAAUCGAAGUAAUCUCUUCGAAUUCUAAGGAACAGAAUACAUGCACGCGAAAAUUCAGAAGGAUACUACCAAUUUCUAGCUCAGAUACGGAAUCAGAAUCAGCGGAACAUGUUGCGAGAAAUUGUAAAAGACCCAGGGCCGAUGAUCAAUCUGAACAAUGGAACGCAUUGAUUAUGAACGCGCCUAAGGAAAAAUGUUUGUCAAUAAGAUUUCCGUCUGAGAAAAAACUGAUAAAUCCUCGAUCGGCGAAUCAUCAAAAGAGCGAAUCACAAAAUAGCUUGACAAUGCGAGAAUCGGAUAUGUUUGAAAGCAGUAGUAUAUUCAAUUCGGACAAUGUGGACUAUAUACUACAACAAUCAGGAAGCAAAAUAUCGGAAAAAAUUGCAGAAGCCUCCAAUGAUGAUAUUAUAAAUAAAGUACUGCAGAUCGAUCGAUUACAGAGCAAUACCAACGCGUGUCAAUCGCUGGAUUCUACUCUGCGGAACAAUAGGAUGAGUCAGAAAGAAAAGAACAGCAAAGAAUAUUUGCUGCAGGAUAAUUUUGACGAGAUCAUCGCCAAUGUCGAGCUGCCACAAAGCAACGAAGAUGCGAUACCUUGUACUAACCAGUCGAUCAGCCGCAGUCUCAAAUCUUGUCCGUCGGCGAAACAAAGGAUGUCGAACUGUCUCGCGAUGACAGAUGAACUGUAUGGCGCCGCCCAAGAGACUCCAAUAUUAAGUGCGUCAUCUACCCACGAUAUUUUCGAAAGCUGCCCUUCCAAAAACCUUAAAAGAUCCAUGACUCCCGCUAUUUUAGAAAAUUUUGGCAAAGAAAAUAUUGUAUCUCACAGCCAGAAGAAACAUGACUGUACAAUUGAUCGAAAAGAGAAAAGAAAUGUAACGGCAAAUACCGACACAAUUGAAGAAAAUCCUUGUAGAAGGAUUACGUCAAAGCAUAAUGUGGUACAAGAGAGGGAAAAAUUCAUUGAUGAAUCUUCUCUCGCGCAACAUAUUAAUGUUUCGAUAAAUCAAUCGACAAAUCGAUCUCAUGUCGAUGAUAGAACAAUGCAAAAACCAAUAGUCGCUGGCGACGAAUUAAACUUGACAACGGACAAUUUGUUUGAUUCGCUUAUGAACGUUACGCAGCAUCAAUGUCAACUGCAAAAAUUUGAAGAAGAACUACUUGGUAUAACGGUUAAUCAGAAUCAAAGGAAAACGAUUACUUUACAGAAGGAUCCGAUCCAAGAGGAGCAACACACUCCCGAAAAGCAGAAGAAAGAUACUCAAGAUAAGAAGACUGCAGCAGAGGUCUCUGCUGACGAAGACGAUGUUGUGGAGAAAACUCCCGAGAGAAAGAUGAAGAACAAUGGAAAUAACAUCAGUUGGAAACAACUUGAGUUGAGAAAAAAUAUAUCACCGAUUUCAAAACCACAUAUAUCAUCCGCCGAGCAGAUACCGAGCACAUCGAAGACAAAAAGCGUUUCGAAGAGUAGCGCGGGUACACCUGUGAAACUGUUGGAAAUAUAUCCGCUUUAUCAAAGUACCCCGCAAAGUUCCACGACGAAUAAUCUGAAAAACAUGCGCCAGCAAUUUGAUAAGCAAAAACUGUGUUUCAUAUGCAGCGGCCUGACAGCGACUCAAUUAGCAACUGUAAAAAAGUUUGCGACGAAACAUAACGUGGAUUAUGUGAAUCAGUUCGAGUCCGAUGUAACACACGUUAUCGUGAACACUAUAGGCGAGAAGAACGCAGCCAAAAGCACGUUGAAAUUUCUCCAGGGUAUAGCUCAUCGAAAAUGGAUAAUUAGCUACAGAUGGAUCGAGGAUUGUAUUAAACAGGAAAAACUACUGGACGAAGCUCCUUAUGAAGCCACGACGUUCACCGACGGUAUUAUCGAUGACGGUCCUCAAAGAUCGAGGCUACGCAAAAAGAAUCUCUUUGAAGACUUUACAUUUUGGUGCGUCGGACCGUACUUGAACGUUUCGCUGAAUCAAUAUCAGAACUUGUUACUCGCCACUGGAGCCACAGUAGUAGAUUCUCUCGAAGCUCUGGCUAAAAAGGAAGGCAUGAAAGGCAUUGUGAUCCAAGAUGGUGUUCAUGAUGACAAGGAAAUCGAACAUUGGUAUCGGACUGCCAAAGCAGCACCAAUUUCUGACGGUUGGAUAGUGGAUUGCAUCGGUAAUUAUAAAUUGUUUAACUUGGCGCCUUAUAUCCAGCAUCUAUCAUUACAAGAUUUGUGUGCUAUUGGCUUUCCACAAGAACUCAUAGGAGAUGAGGAGUACAGUGAUGAUGAGGAAUAAUAUGAAAUAGAAUUAACGAAACAAACUACAAUAGUAUUUAUGCCUUUAAGAAAUAUGUACAUGUAUAUAUAAAUUUAAUUCUCAUUCUUUUCGAUAUUAAUAUAGUAUUAUUAGAUUAUAUGUUAUAUGCAGAUUAUAUAUUAUUUUCAUUUUUCUAUAAAGUAUAUAUGCACAGAUGUUAUUAAAAAAUUUUUAUAAUUGUUUUUCUAAUGA